AUGGGACAAGGACGCAAAGGCAACAAGGCUAAGAAAACCACAGACAAGGCUCAGGGAAUGGACGUACCUGACAUACCUGUGAAGGAGCCUGCUGAUAACGCGAAGACUCCGACCAGUCCUGUCCCAACGACAAGGUCCGGGCCCUUUGAAGCCUUUCCGGAGCUGCCAGAGAAUGUUGACCAAGAUGCUGACGCAAGUCGUGUGAACACUGACGAGGAAGAGGAACCUGCUGAUGGUGCUGCGCGCGAAGAGACUGACGUCAAAGACACUGCUGAAGACGACGACGAUGCGCAGCCGGCAGAGACCUCUGCUGUCGACGACGACGACGGCUAUCUGAGCGACGACUCGGAUGAUCACCUGGAACCAGAAUCUCUUACCAGCAUUAUUGCUCUGAAACGCUUUUCCCUAACCUUGUUGGUGCCGAUUGCCAGGAAGGUGGAGGUUAACCGUGCUGCAGUAACAGUUGCCGCCAUGCUGGAUGAAUGGAAGGAGCUGUUAACCACGGAUGUGCUGUUGACCACCACGUACCAGGGCCUCACGCCAAUGUUUCUUUCCGCAGAGCGCUAUGGACGCCUGCAGGUUACCUUCAAUCACGUUCGCGACGCUAACUUCGUCUGGAGCCAGGUUAUUCGCCACGAAUGCAUCAACAGUGACUUCAUUGAUCUCACCUGGCAGCACCCGGAGGAUGCGCGUUUCCUGCGUGAACGCGUGCUGAACCCCACGGCGAAGGAGGUUAUAAUCAAAGGCGUACCGGCGGAGAUAUCGGCGGAGUUGAUUCGCCGUUUGCUGGUGGUGUCAAAGCUGGUUAAACGCGGCAGGAGCGUGUUUGCCAGUGGUUUCGGCUUCCAUCGGACGUUUGAUCCGGUAUCAGGCUUGGACACGGAUCGCAUUCGCGAGCUGUUUGUCCCUCACGCUGACGACGAGUACCACUGGCGUACCUUUGUGGAAGACCCCACCACACGAAAGCCUGCGUCCCUGAUAGCUUCAGAUCUCCUGAAGCGCAUCAUACGAGACCCUGCUAUCAUUCUCACUUCCACUGGAAGCGCGCGGGAGGAAUGGGUCUGUGUCCAGGCGGUAUGCGAGAAGGCGCAGGGAGUUCACUUCGAACAGGCAUCGGCGCAUAUUGUAUCUGCAAAGCACAAGGGCGGUCUGCGGAAGGAAAGUUCAGCCACGCGCGCCAGCAAGUUCUCCCAGAAAAUGCUGGCUUUCAAGAAGGAGUACACUGCGAAACCAGCAAAGUAA